GAAAAUCGAACCAGGAAAUUUUAACUCAACUUGUGGGAAAUAUUAUUGAAGUUGAAUGUUAAUUUGUCGGAGAAAAUUUAAACCAUUGUGGUUUUCUAAAACUGCUUUUGCAAUCGCUGUUUUAGGAUUACCUCCAUUGUACAUAGCAUCUGUGCAUUAUGAGCAUGUAAAUAGUUUAUUCCCAUUUGUUAGUUCAUUUGGCGUAUUUCCACCAGAAAAACAUUGGUUUCGAGUGCUGAUGAUUAGCUAUGCUCUAUUCAAUAUGGCAGGAAACUGUUUUUGGUUCAUGAUAGCUAGACGUAAAAUUGUAAUUAUGACCAAAUCUCUUAUUCCUCAUCUAAUCAACUCAUUUAUCAGACUAUUAAUGAUCAUUUCUGGAUUGUGUUUAAUCGGUCUAUCGAUUUUCGAUAUGGAGAAUUACAAUGAAAUACACUAUCUGAUGACAGUUGGGAACUUUACGUGUCAUGUCCUGUCGGUAUUGUUUGGAUGUUGCCUAGUGGUCAAAUAUUUUGAGAAACCUUUCUGGUUUAGUUGCUUUCGCCUUCUGCUUAUUGUACAAAUGGUUAUCGGAGCAAUGUUAUUUGUUUAUUUCAACGUAAUCGGACUUCCUUUAUUGAAUACAUCGAAUAUUUAUCGAAUGAAACCAACUGAUGGUGGCUACUGGGAAUUCCUUUAUUGUGCAAUUGCUGAGUGGGUUAUGGUGCUUGCAUGUAUUCUAUUCACUCUAGUCAUUGCUCUGGAAACUCAAACAUAUGAAGACGUUUUAGUACGAAGUAAAAUCAGAAAUAUUACCACAAUACACCUUAUGAAACAAGUUUAAAAUAUGUCAAUUGUUUUGAGCGACAUCUUGCACUCACUAAUCUUUAAACAAAAUUGAUGAAUAUAUUGAUGAAUAGCGAGUUGAUCAUUUCUUUAUGAACUAACUGGUGAGAAAAUCGAAAACUUGGUUCUUAAUUUGUUUCGAAAGUCAGUUGGGGAAACAUUUAAAUCGGAUGUAAUUUGAUUUUCACUUACAUCAGUUGAAAUUUUGAUUAUCGCUUGGAAAUACCAUGGUUGCAUGUGUGUCCACAUUUAGCAAACAAUCU